GACUGUGUUUAUGCCAUCAAUGUCUCCGACAGUCAGUGGUUCACCGUUCCUCAAGCCCUUCUUUCUGAAGACGCCAGUCAGUGUGGUCAGCCCCCUGCGACAGAGACGACACACACUGCCUGCCAGUGAGUUCAGGAACCUCACGCCACAGGAUGCCAUCAGUGUGUUUGAGAUUGAGAGAGAAGCAUUUGUCUCUGUGUCUGGAGAGUGUCCACUUACCCUGGAUGAAGUGCUUAACUUCCUGGGUCAGUGCCCUGAGCUGUCGCUGGGUUGGUUUGAGGAGGGACAGCUGGUAGCUUUCAUCAUUGGCUCUGGCUGGGGCAAAGAGAGGCUUUCACAGGAGGCAAUGACUCAGCAUGUCCCAGACACCCCCACUGUGCACAUCCAUGUGCUGUCAGUUCACCGACACUGUCGCCAGCAAGGCAAGGGCUCCAUCCUCUUGUGGCGCUACUUGCAGUACUUGCGCUGUGUGCCUGGCCUCCGCCGAGCUCUGCUGAUUUGCGAAGACUUCCUGGUGCCCUUCUACCUCAAGGCCGGCUUCAAGAAGAAAGGGCCGUCAGCCAUCUCCGUCUCCAGCAUGCACUUUCAAGAGAUGGAGUACAUGCUCGGUGGGCAGGCAUACGCACGGCGGAACAGUGGCUGCUAG